AGUUAUGUACACAAGCUACGUGAAAUUCUGGCUAGUUGCUUUAGUAGCAUUCGUAGCAUUCAUAGCAUAUCCGCUGUUGGACGUGCAUUCCUAUUUUUGUAGUAAAAAAGCUGUUGCAAUGGUUAAUCCGAAUCUAGUACCAAAGGUGAAAUUGAACAACGGCUUGGAAAUUCCAAUUUUUGGCUACGGCACAUGGAGAUCUCCACCCGGAGAAGUAAAGCAAGCUGUAAAGGAUGCAAUAGAUGCCGGCUACAGACACAUUGAUUGCGCAUGGGUUUACCGAAACGAAAAAGAAGUUGGUGAAGCGAUCAAGGAAAAAAUUGAUGAGGGUGUUGUCAAAAGAGAAGACCUUUUUAUAGUCAGCAAACUAUGGAGUACCUUUCACAACCCGAAAGCUGUCGAACCAGCACUUAAGGAGUCCUUAACCGCUUUGGGAUUAGACUAUUUGGAUCUAUAUUUGAUGCAUAAUCCUUUGGAUUUUAAACCAGGGAAUGAAAUAUAUCCAACAGACGAAAGCGGCAAACUCAUUGAAGAAGGUGUUGAUUAUGUUGAUACGUGGAAAGCAAUGGAGGAGGUCUACAAGAAAGGGCUCGUCAAAUCAAUUGGAAUAUCCAAUUGUAAUAAAAGGCAGAUCGAAAGGAUUCUUCAAUUGACUACAGUUGUACCAGUUACCAAUCAAGUUGAGUGCCAUCCGUACUUUAACCAAAAGAAGCUCCUUGAAUUUUGCAAAUCAAAAGGAAUUACAAUUACCGCAUACAGUCCACUUGGAUCCCCGUCUCAUCCAUGGGAAAAACCAGGCGAUCGAAGGCUACUAGAUGACCCCAAACUAAAAACUAUUAGCGAGAAGUAUAAGAAAACCCCCGCACAAAUAGUAAUUAGGUGGCAAAUCCAGAGAGGUGUGAUAACCAUCCCAAAGUCACUUAAUAAGAAGAGGAUUCAAGAAAACAUCGACGUGUUUGAUUUUCAACUAACUCCAGAAGAUGUUAAGUACAUCGACUCUUUAGAUUGCAACGGCAGAAUAUUCCCGUUAGAAAUGUGGGCAACACACCGCAAUUAUCCUUUCAAAGAUGAAUACUAAAUUGAAAAUUGGGAGUAACUACCUAUUUCACAUAAGAAAAGUGACACCUUCGUUUUUACGUAAAUUCUACUCAGGUUUUAAAACACAACAUGUAUUAUUGUCGUUGUAUUUUAUCUAUAUUUCGUGUUAAUAAAUGUCGUAAUAUAUGUGUAA